AAACUGCUGUUGCCCUCGACGGGACGGGACCCGUCGAGGACAAGACGCGAUUUGCAGCUGACUCAUUAGCAAAUUGAAUCGAAUAAAAAUUAAAAUCGAGCUGACACGAGGCGCGAUGCUGCCGAUUACUUUUAGUAGCGCCACCACCCUCUCCCUCCCUAUCUCGCCCCCGGCCGUAGCAGCCUCUGCCUCAUCGUCCUCCUCGCGCUCGCACUCCUUCGCCGUCGGACGGGUUUCCCACCGCCGUCGCCGUCGCCGCGCUUCCUUCAGCGGCUGCCGCUGCUCCUCGUCCUCCUCCCCAGAAAUGGAGGCCGGCUCUGGCACGGCUCUGUACCCCGCGCACCGAUGCAAAACCAUAUACCUGGUGAGGCAUGCCCAGGGUGUUCACAAUGUGGAAGGCGAAAAGGAUUUUGCAGCGUACAAGUCACAUGCGCUGCUUGAUGCUCAGCUUACCCCUUUGGGCUGGAGCCAAGUUGAUACCCUGCGAGAGCAUGUGACAAAAUCUGGGCUGGCAAAAAAGAUUGAGUUGGUUAUUGUUUCCCCUCUACUGAGGACUAUGCAAACUGCAGUAGGGGUCUUUGGUGGUGGGAACUAUACUGAUGGAGCUAGUGCAUCACCAUUAAUGGUAGAAGGUGCUGGAAACAGUGGACGUCAGCCAAUUUCAAGUUUGAACUGCCCACCGUUUCUUGCAGUUGAGGCCUGCAGGGAGCACUUGGGUGUUCAUCCCUGUGACAAGAGGAGCAGCGUAACAAAAUACCGUACUCUCUUUCCUGCCAUUGAUUUUUCCUUGAUAGAGAAUGAUGAAGAUGUUCUUUGGGAACCCGAUGUCAGAGAAACAAAUGAGUCUGUUGCUCUCAGGGGCAUGAAGUUCUUUGACUGGUUAUGGACAAGAGAAGAGAAAGAGAUUGCUAUUGUCAGCCAUAGCGGUUUCUUGUAUCACACCCUAAACAUGUACGGUAAAGAGUGUCAUCCAACCAUAGCAGAGGAACUGGGCAAGCACUUUGCCAACUGUGAGCUCCGGUCGAUGGUCUUGGUCGACAGAAGUAACCUUGGAUCGGAUACCUCUAAAUACAACUUCGCUGGGAAGGUACCGACCGGGCUUGAUAUGCCCAGCGAUGUCGCAGACGAGAAGCAGGCUGAAGAAGCUAGCAAGAACUGAGGCUAUCGAGCACAUGGAUGUCUUUGAUUCUUUUAUCAAACCUUGGUUCUGGCUCACAGUGAACUGAGAAUAGAUAAGCGACAUCUAAGGAUAGGACAUGCCGUCUGUUGUUCCGGUGUACGAUGGGCACGAUUGGUUAUGUUUAUCUGAUUUGUUGUUUCAACAGAUACCCAAAUUCAUGGGAAAUAAGGACUCAAACGCAUUCCCUUCUUUUUGAGAACGAAGACAAUACAUUGGACCUUAAA